AUGGCCCUUUGGACUCCCUAUCUCAUCUACUUCUGGUUCUCGGUCGUGUCUCUCUGCAUUGCGCCCUUCGUCUUCAAUCCUCAUCAGUUCAACUUCCCGGACUUCAUCAUUGACUAUCGCGAGUUCCUUCGUUGGAUGUCUCGCGGUAAUUCGCGUACGAAGGCGAGCAGCUGGUACGGUUACUGCCGUCUGUCGCGUACUAUGAUCACUGGCUACAAGAAGAAGAAACUCGGUCACCCCUCGGAGAAGCUGUCUGGCGAUGUUCCCCGUGCGAGAUGGCGGGCAGUGCUACUAUCGGAGAUCGUCUGGCCCAUCUGCAUGGCGGCCCUCUUCAUCGUCCCCUAUAUGUUCGUCAAGUCCUUCCCGACGAAGGGUAAGGAGAAUCCGAGCGCUCUCAUCCGUAUUGCCGUGAUCGCCGUCGGGCCUGUGGUCUGGAAUGCAGCCAUGCUUCUAGCCUUGUUCUUCGUGUCACUUUUCUUGGGACCGAUGAUGUCCGGCUGGACCAAGUUUGCAUCCUUCAUGGCAUCUUUAGCGCACUUCCUGUGCUUGAUCGGGCUGAUCGCGUUCUUCGAGUUCUUCUGGUUCUUGGAGCUUUGGGAUGCCUCUCACGCACUACUCGGAGUCAUCUCCAUUGUUGCAGUCCAACGUGCGAUCCAGAAGUUCCUCAUCUCGGUGUUCCUUUCUCGUGAGUACAAGCACGACGAGACUAACCGUGCAUGGUGGUCUGGAAAGUGGUACGGCCGUAAUCUCGGUGCUUCUGCCUUCUCGCAGCCGGCGCGUGAGUUUGUCGUCAAGAUCGUGGAGAUGUCGCUUUGGAGUUCCGACUUCCUGAUGGCGCACAUCUUACUCGUCGUCUUGACGCCGCCCACCCUCAUCCCCUUCGCCGAUAAGCUGCAUUCGACCAUGAUGUUCUGGUUGCGCCCUUCGAAGCAGAUCCGUCCUCCUCUCUUCUCUACGAAGCAGAAGCGGCAGCGCCGUUGGAUUGUGAGUUUCGACUGUUAUCAUCAGCUUUGCCAUUGUACACUGACAAUUGUCGAUCUAGGUGGUCAAGUACACAGUCGUUUACAUGAUCGUAGUUGCAGGUCUCGCCGCGCUCGUCGUGCUUCGUACGUUUUCGCUUACCGAACCUACACUGCCCCAAGCUGA